AUGAUCCGUCAAACCAGCCGCGCCCUCAAGGCGCUGGCCACUACUCGGCCUAGCCAACAGCGAAUUGCUUCCCUCACACAAAAGGCUUCUGCCAUCACAGGUGUCCGUAAUGGGCCAUCAGACGUUAGGAAUCAGUCCACAUCGGCUGCCGCGAAGGUGCCCGCUGCCGACGUACGAGCAAAGCCCGCCCAAUCAUUCAACGCCGAGCCCAAUCACGUUCAACCUCUGGCUAACGCCCGUAAGAACGAUGUCGACGAGUCGUUUAUCGGCAAGACUGGUGGUGAGAUCUUCCAUGAGAUGAUGCUCAGACACGGCGUCAAGCACAUUUUCGGCUACCCUGGCGGUGCUAUUCUUCCCGUGUUCGAUGCCAUCUACAACUCGCCACAUUUCGAUUUUGUCCUUCCCAGACACGAGCAGGGCGCUGGCCACAUGGCCCAGGGUUACGCCCGCGCUUCUGGCAAGCCCGGUGUCGUCUUGGUGACUUCCGGUCCUGGUGCCACCAACGUUGUGACACCAAUGGCUGAUGCGCUUGCGGACGGUACUCCCAUGAUCGUUUUCACCGGCCAGGUCGUUACCACAGCCAUUGGUAGCGAUGCGUUCCAAGAAGCCGACGUUGUGGGCAUCUCCCGCGCCUGCACCAAGUGGAACGUCAUGGUGAAGAAUGUCGCUGAGCUGCCUCAAAGAAUCAACGAGGCCUUCGAGAUUGCCACCAGCGGAAGGCCUGGUCCCGUUCUCGUGGAUCUUCCCAAGGACGUGACGGCUGGUAUUCUGCGUCGUGCUAUUCCCACGGCCCCCGCCAUUCCGUCGCUCCCCAGCGCUGCCUCCCGCGCCGCUCUCGAGGCCAGCGAGAAGCAGCUCCGUGCUUCUAUCAAGCGUGUGGCUCACUUGGUCAACAUCGCCAAGAAGCCUGUCAUCUACGCUGGCCAAGGUGUCAUUAGCUCGGAGCGUGGUGUUGAGCUGCUCAGAGAGCUUGCGAACAAGGCGUCCAUCCCCGUGACGACGACCCUUCACGGUCUCGGUGCCUUCGACGAGCUUGAUGAGAAGUCCCUCCACAUGCUCGGCAUGCACGGCUCAGCCUAUGCCAACAUGUCCAUGCAGGAGGCUGAUCUCAUCAUUGCUCUCGGUGGCCGCUUCGAUGACCGUGUUACCGGUAGUGUUGCCAAGUUUGCCCCAGCGGCUAAGGCUGCGGCGAAGGAGAACCGCGGAGGUAUCAUUCACUUCGAGAUCCUCCCCAAGAACAUCAACAAGGUCGUGCAGGCCACUGAGGCUAUCGAGGGUGAUCUUGGCAAGAACCUCGACUUGCUCCUGCCCCAGGUGGAGAGCAAGACCAUGGCUGACAGAAAGGAGUGGUUCGCUCAGAUUAACGAGUGGAAGAAGAAGUGGCCUCUUUCUGACUACGAGCGUGCUGCCCGCGAGGGCUUGAUCAAGCCUCAGACACUGAUUGAGGAGCUCAGCAACCUCACAGCUGACCGCAAGGAGAACACCUACAUCACCACUGGUGUCGGCCAGCAUCAGAUGUGGGCUGCUCAGCACUUCCGCUGGAGACAUCCCCGCACCAUGAUCACCUCUGGUGGUCUCGGUACCAUGGGCUACGGUCUGCCGGCCGCCAUCGGUGCCAAGGUGGCUAAGCCAGAUUCCCUUGUCAUCGACAUCGACGGUGAUGCUUCCUUUGGCAUGACCCUUACCGAGCUCUCCACCGCUGCUCAGUUCAACAUUGGCGUCAAGAUCAUCGUUCUGAACAACGAAGAGCAGGGCAUGGUUACACAAUGGCAGAACCUCUUCUACGAGGAUCGCUAUUCCCACACUCACCAGAAGAACCCCGACUUCAUGAAGCUCGCCGACGCCAUGGGCAUCCAGCACAGGCGUCUCAUCAAGCCUGAUGAGACCCGGGAAGCUCUCCAGUGGCUGAUUGACACUGAUGGCCCAGCCCUUCUGGAGGUUGUCACUGACAAGAAGGUUCCCGUUCUCCCCAUGGUUCCCGGUGGGUCAGCUCUUCACGAGUUCAUCACAUACGACGGUGUCAAGGAUCUCGCGAGAAGAGAACUCAUGCGCCAGCGCACUUGCGGUCUCCACGGUUAA